GUCUGCACUGAUGGACAGAUCUGCCUGUGUAAUGGUGGAUUCAUGGAUGACACUGUGAGUUCAUGACUGUGUGUGUCUCUGUGAGUCUUUAGGAUUCUGAGAGUCCCACACCUUCCUCAUCUCCAGAAGAUGGAAGAGCAGCAUGAGGCCUGAGAACCAGAGCAGUGUGUCCGAGUUCCUCCUCCUGGGGCUGCCCAUCAGGCCAGGGGAGCAGGGCGUGUUCUUCACCCUGUUCCUGGGCAUGUACCUGACCACGGUGCUGGGCAACCUGCUCAUCAUCCUGCUCAUCAGGCUGGACUCCCGCCUGCACACGCCCAUGUACUUCUUCCUCAGACACUUGGCCCUCACUGAUGUCUCUUUCUCAUCUGUCACUGUCCCUAAGAUGCUCAUGAACAUGCAGACUCAGCAACAAUCCAUCCCCUAUGUGGGAUGCAUUUCUCAGUUGUAUUUUUUCAUACUUUUCGGUAGUGUUGACAAUUUCCUUCUGGCAGUGAUGGCAUAUGACAGGUAUGUGGCCAUCUGUCACCCUCUACACUAUAACACCAUCAUGAAGGAGGAGUUGUGUGUGCUUCUGGUAGCAGCCUCAUGGAUUAUUGCUUGUGCCCAUGCACUGUUGCACACUGUCCUCCUGGUCCAACUCUCCUUCUGUGCCGACAAUGUCAUCACCCACUUCUUCUGUGACAUCACUGUGCUCCUGAAGCUCAGCUGCUCAGACAUCUCCCUCAAUGAGCUGGUCAUCCUCACUGAGGGAGGAAUUAUUUCUUUUCUGCCUUUGUGUAUUGUUUUGGGCUCAUAUAUCCGUAUAGGGACCAUCAUCCUGAGGGCUCCCUCCACUAAGACACUCUUGAAAGCUUUUUCUACCUGUGGCUCCCACCUCCUUGUGGUGUCUUUAUUUUAUGGGACAGUUUUAGGUGUUUACUUUUUCUCCUCGUCAUGGGAUUCCAAAAACAUAACUGCUUCGGUCAUGUACACAGUAGUUACUCCCAUGCUGAACCCCUUCAUCUACAGUCUGAGGAACAGAGAUGUAAAGCAGGCCUUAGAAUAUUUGUCAACAGGGUUAAAAAAGUUAAUAUAUCAACCAGCUCAUGUUUGCUACUUGGGUUAUUUAUAAUUCUUGAUUCCUAAAUAAUAUGUUUCAGUUGUUCAUCAUCUCUUAUAAGGUAUCUGAGAAAUCUUUUGCAAACCGUGUUGCACAAUUUUACUAUGAAUUUGUCUUUUUCUCCACUGAGAUAUGUCAGUUUUUGCUUAUGUAUUUUCAUACUGUGUUAUGAAGACACACUGAUUUAGUGUCAUGAAUGCUACUGGUGUAUUCCUCCCUUUUGUUUAAUUAUAUAUAUUUUGGUAUUCCAUUACCCUUCUACUAACUUAUUAAAUCAUAUAUUAUUACUAUUUUGUAAUUCUUUUCUGGGCUAUAUUUACAGAUCACUGCUUACUUCCUUUUUAAUUUUUAAGUAAUGUUUAAUAUACAAAACACCACACUGACCACUUUUGCCUUCUAAGAUACACAAUUCAGUGGCAUUUAGGAGACUCAUCACCAAUAUCUCAAUUUAGGACCCCUACAGGACACUCUAAAGAACAUCAAUAAUAUUGAGUAAUUUUCAACUGUGAAAAAAUAAAAGCAAAGAUAUCUAUGAAU